ACUUCCACUAUCCUCUUAAGAUGAAUACACUCUCCAUAUAUGUUCUCACUCAAAAAUGUCCUUUAUUUCCAAGCUGGGCUUGGAGUCCUGGCCAAUAUGUUUCUUGUUUGUUUCUAUAUUUACAUAAUCCUUGGUCACAGACCUAAGCCCACAGACCUGAUUUCCUGCCAACUGACCUUCGUUCACAUAAUUAUGUUCCUCACUGCAGGGGAUAUUUGGCUUACAGACUUACUUGCAUCACUGAACAUUGAGAAUGACGUCAAAUGUAAGACAACUUUUUACAUAAACAGGGCGAUGAGAGGCCUCUCAAUCUGCAUCACCUGCCUCCUGAGUGUGUUCCAGGCUGUCACAAUCAGUCCCAGUACCUCACUGUUGGCAAAUUUUAAACGAAAAGUAAAAAAAUACAUGAUCAGUGCUUUAUUUUAUAUUUGGGUUUUCAAUUUCUCUGUCAGUACUGACAUAAUAUUCUCUGUUGGUGGUUUUACCAAUGUGAGUGAGAACAAACAGAUGAAGGUCUCUAAAUCCUGUUCACUCUUCCCCAUGAGCUACAUCAUCAGGGUGUUCAUUUUAACAGUGACAAUGUCCAGAGAUGUAUGUCUUGUAGGAGUCAUGCUGACCACAAGCACAUACAUGGUGAUUAUCUUGUUCUGGCAUCAGAGGCAAUGCAAGCAUCUUCAAAGCAUCAGCCACCAGAGAGCCUCCCCUGAGAAAAGGGCCACCCAGACCAUCUUGCUGCUGGUGAUUUUCUUUGUGGUCAUGUACUGGGUAGACUUCACCAUCUCAUCCACCUCCAUCCUGUUAUGGAUGUAUGACCCAGUUGCCCUGACUGUUCAGAAGUUUGUGGUGAAUGCCUAUCCCACAAUUACUCCUUUGGUACAAAUCAGUUCUUAUAACAGAAUAAUCAAUAGGCUGAAAAACUUGCAGUCAAAAUGACAUCAUAUAUAGUCAAAAGUAUGUUUUCUUUCUUCUUUAAAAAGCUACAUUUAUAUGUAUAAGUAUUGUGCCAGAGUACAUGCAU